AUGUGGGAUGUGGUUGAUAAUGGAAACUAUAUACCCCUUGAUUUUGAGGUAGAGCCCUUGGCGAGAAGCUCAUGGUCAAACGAACAAAAACAUAAGUACCUUCUUAACUCUAAAGCUCGUAAUUUGCUAAUGUGCGCUUUAUAUGAGGAAGAGUACAAGAAAGUCCAUGCUUUUAAGGGAGCCAAAGAGAUGUGGGAUACUCUAAUUGUCACACAUGAAGCCUUAAGCGAAGUGAAAAGAAACAAGUUGAGCUUGCUAACUUGGGAGUACAAGUUAUUCUCCAUGUUGGACAAUGAGAACAUCCAAACUAUGUUCAGUUGGUUUCAAACGAUCUUAAAUGAACUAAGAUCGUUAUGUAAGAUUUAUGAUAACUUUGAUAAUAUUGACAAAAUUCUUCUCAACCUUCAUAGACAAUGGAGACCACAAGUCACUGCUCUAAGGACCUCAAAAAAUCUUGAUGGGAUGAGCUUAGAGGUACUUGUUGAAAUUCUAUAA